GAAGGUCGUUGUGAUUUCAAAUUCUCCGUGGGAAAAUCUGGGUUUGACGGCGUUCAAGAGCAGGUUGUGUGGUCAGAAACAGAUGGGACCCAAAGAAUGGCUUAAAUACCUGUUAUUUCACAUCCUGUUCUUCAAAGACUAUCCAGCCUCCCCAUUGCUGACCGUGAGCGGGGAGGUCAAAGCAGGUGACGCUGUGACUGCUUCCUGCUCUGUGUCUCACUCCUGUCCCACGGAGCUGCCUCACCUUACCUGGAGCCGCAGUGGAACAACCACCAACCAAUCAGAGGAGCUGCCCAACGGCCAAUGGAGAGUGACUUCAAGCCUGACUUUCACUGCCACAAACUCUGACCACAACCAGCACCUGACUUGCACAGCAAAGUAUAAGCAAGUCACAUCUGUGCAAUCUUCUAAAAUUUUGAAUGUGGCAUAUGCCCCAGUCCGUGUGGAGGUCGAGCCUGAGUCCACAGUGGUGAAGGAGGGAGAUGCUGUGGAGGUGCAGUGCUCCAGUGACAGUAACCCUCCUGCACACGACUACCAGUGGUACAACAUCACUGGCACUCUGCUGUCAGAGGAACGAAUCUACAAACUGCACAACGUGUCCAGACACACUAAAGCUCUCUACUGUGCAGCCAUCAACACAGAGGGGCACAAGAACUCCACUCCAGCCAAGAUCAGUGUGGAGUAUGCCCCAGAAAUAAAAGAGGGACCGGCCUGUAGCGUGAGGGCCGCGGGGGUGGCCUGCUUGUGCGUAGUGGACUCAGAACCUCCCCCUGAGAUUACCUGGCUGCUCCAGAGAGGGAGCGAUGCCAGCGCCGGCACUGAGAGACACGGCUCCAUCACGCUGGGCACGCUGCGGAGUACCCAGAGGCUCACAGAGCUCACCCGCCAGGCCAGCAACUCACGAGGAAACACGUCCGCAGUCUUCACACCACCCCAGAGCGGUGAACUCCAGUACAUUUCACUCAUAGUUGCUGCUGUGCUGCUGGUGGCAGGCAUGGCCGUUGUGGUGUGGCUAGCAAGAAGAACGAGAUACAAUCGUGAGCAACCUGUAACUGGUAUGGACGACGCAGCCACAACCAUGACAGGGACCUCCUACGCUAUGGCAGCAAGAAAGGAGGAAAAAAGCAUCAACAGUGGAUUUUAUGUAAACGAUUAACAGAUGUAUGGUAAUAUUGGGGUUGGAGAGGAAGAUGAUGUGUAUACAUGUGUGGAAGAUGCCUCUGAUUAGAAUGAAACAGGUACACAGGUACCCUAGAUGCCACUCCCCCAGUGUUGAAUGCAGUAACUCAGGAGCUGUCGAGCCAUACCUAUAACCAUACUAUAACCAUAAACAUGUGAAUAUGGCCACUGUCCAUUUCCAACAGACACCUAUAUUUACGUUAUUUUUUUUUUUUUACAGGAGCACUGCAGCUGGAUAUUCAAUAGGAAGCCAAUCCUUUUCUUAUACAUGGACAUACAAAAAAUACAUGGACAUACAAAUCUUGUACACGGAGAAGUGUUACAAUGUCAUUGUGCAUGUUGAUCUGAAUAAGAAACAUCGUCAUUUUUAUAUUAUUUCAGAUGAUUUAGCUUGUCAUGCACAAACCUAAGUACUUGUACUUUUAAUCAAUAAAAAUGACAAAAAUAA